GGGAGGGCACUCAUGGCUCGUUACUUAUCCAGCGGCGGAAGCAAAGCGGGGCGGCUCCUUCAGGGCCAGAAAGCCCCCGAAAGAAGCGAUCAGCCGCCGUUCCUGCCCCUCAGGCGCGGUGACCCUGAGGUGACGUCGCUCGCCCUGGGUUGGAAUUAUUUUUCUCCCGGUUGGCGUCACAGGCCUUGUGGAAGAGGAGCGGUUUAACGGCUGUGGAAGCGCGCGUUUUUGAGAGAGGGUUAGGGGCUUUUUCUCUGGGGAAGAGCGCUAUCUGCCUGUUAUCAGUUCCCGGAAAACCGGUGCCUGAGGCAACUGGAGUUGCCUCUCUUCCAUUCCAUGUCGCUGGACUCUCCCAAAGGUGUCAGAAUACAACUUUGCACCCCAACACAGUGGAGGGGAGAAGACAGGCUUUCUGACGUGGACUUCUUACUGAGCGAAUGGAUCUCUCCUUUGCCCAUUCUGGAAUAUAAACCACCACCAGCACAAUGGACUGGACCGUAACACCACUUCACACCUCCAACUUACUGGCAAGGAAUAUUCAAGUUCAGCAACCAUAUCAGUCACAGCAGCCUGCAUCUGGUUUUUCUCAAGCAAAUACAUCAACUCAAAAUUCUUCAGCUUACACUGGAAAUGAUCAAGCCACAAAAAUGCAUUUUAAUACUGAGAACAUGGUUCCAAACCAACUGCCUUCUUCAAAAACUGUGGGAUCCAGCAAUUGUCAGCCACUUCUUCUAAAGACAUCAGUACCUGUUACAGGUUUUGGAACAACUCAGCAUUUUGUUGGCCUACAUUCAGGUUCACAUACACAACUUUCCAGCAUGAAUGUCCAAGUGACACCUAGCACAGUUAAGAACACCUUGCCAAAUUCUCACGUGCAGAUUUUCUCUCCUGUAGCACCACAACUUAGCACUGCAACUCCUGUGCAGAGACCGCUGAAUCAGUAUAUUGCCUCAGACAUAUACAAUAAUUACCCACAAAAAAAAUGUUCUAAUUCUCUACAAGAUUCACUUUUCUGGGGUUCCAUAAAUAGUUCAUCUACAAAAAGAUUGCCAGUAGUAAAGCCCAAGUAUCAGCCUGCUAAACCCCAAACAAAUACUACAGUGCCUCUUAACAAAGUAUCGAGCAAUUUUGUAAAUUCUCAGCAUAACUCUUCAUGCCUUACUUUUCCUUCAGGGCAAAAUAUUCCAAACCAGAUAAAUGACAUAAGUUCAGGCUCUACAACAGCUAUGCAAUUACAGCAGUAUGCCUCAAACUGUGUAUAUUCUACACCACACACCAUACCUAAUCAUUAUACAGCCCAGGUCAUCCCUCAGACUAUGAACUUUCCGCCACCACCAUACCGAAUGCCUCCUAUACAAAUAAACCACGGACAGUUCAUACUACCGCAGCCAGUUUCAAAUACGUCUAACGAAAAUAGUCAAAACCCUCAGAAUCUUGUGUUGGAGCAAAGUAGUGCUUCAUACUCUGUUCAGUAUGGUCAAACUCUUGAGUCUGUACCAGUCUCUAGAGAAACCAAUGAAGUAGGUCGUGCUGCAAAUAGUGUACAUGGACAUAGUGCUGAAAAUAAAAGUUCUGAUGAGCUGAUGAUGCCAGCAGUUGAGAGUUUAAGUAACAGCCGUCAAAUAGCUGGAACAGUUCCUCUGGAUAAAAUGUCAGCACCACAGACAACAAGAAUUACGGUUGAUGAUAUUGCUAAAAGCUCAGGAAAUGUUCUUGAUAGUUUAAUGAAGUCUAAAUCUAUAACAAGAGAGAGUCUAGAAUUGGAUAUGCAAAAAAUGCAUGAAAUUAAGAAGAAAUUCUUAGCUCUGGAAGCUGCUUUUAAGUUAAAACGCAAGUUAUUUAUAAUGAGAAAACAGAACUCAAAGAACUCUGAUCUGUCUGUUCACAAUCCGAAUCUUCCAUUUCCUUCACCUAAUACUAGUCAGAAUCAAUCUGUCCUGUUGUCACAGGACACCCAUCCUAAUCUUUCACUUCCUUCCUGUAAUACUAAUCAGAAGCAACCUAUUCUGUUGCCACAGGACACCAAUCAAACAUUUCAUCUGUCACAUGAAGCGACUCAGAAUCCCACCUCCUGCCUUCCACACGAAAACUCUCAGAAUCAGUCACCCUUGCAUCUUUCCUGUGACUCUAGUCAAAUCCAAGAUAGUUCCUUAUUAACGCUUAGGCCACCGGGUCACUUGUACCCAAUACUUCAGGAAUUACUUAAAGGUACUAUUGAUGAAGAAAUGUUGCUUAAUACUUACGUUGCAAAUGCUGAGAGAAAUAAGAGAGAACGAUUGCUUGUCCAAGCGAAGUGUUCCUCUGGUUCUGUGUUAGAUUCCAGUGGUGGUAAGUUCGAAACUAGUGUGAAUGGUAUGGAAAGAGCUUCUAGGUUGAGCCCUAAAACUUUUCAAACUGUUUCUGCUCAAGAGUCUUUGGCAUGUGCAAAGUUCAGCCUAGAACAAACAUCUGCAUCAGGCAAGGAACAGUUAAUGAAUAUGUCUCCCAUGUCUAAAGGAGACUUGUUUAAUCACUUUGUACUAAACAAGGAUAAAGUGGGAACUACUGCUACUAAAAUACAGCCUAAUCUUCAGAACUCAGUUUCAGUUCAAAAUCCAGCUGUGUCAAGUGAAUCGUCACAGCUGAGGGAAAAAACAGCUAAAGAAGGAAGUGAAAAUUUUUAUAAUUCUAGAUCUACUUGUCCUGAAUUUAUGCAGCAGAGUAAAGACACUUGUCUCCAAACACCUGAGACGAGUUUUACAGCUUGCAACAAUGGAAGUGGUUAUUCUAGUUCUGACUUACUUGCAGCUGUUCCUGAAACAGAAAUAUUUCAGAGGUCUUCAGUUACUGAGAAUUCGUGUACAGUGGAAAGAACUUGUUCUUUGGAGGAGCUUGAAACAAGUCUCGCUUUGUGGAGGAAGAGCCCUGCUGCAUCUCUGAACAACCAGUUAGGUGAAAGUACAAAAUCAGCUAUGAAUUCAUCCUCAUUGUGUGGAGCAGAGGAUAAAAAGAUGGAAUAUACCGCAACAAACUUUCCAAAACCAUUAACAAUGAUUGAGAAAUCUAGUAUUGUAGUUGGAAAAAAUGAACCAAGUCUGCUUUUUGUGCCUUCAUCUCUUGGACAAAAGCUUGAUGCAGUAAGUUCCAGUUUAUUGAAGAGCUCAGAACCUCAAGUAGCUAUUGUUCCUCCUUUAAUACUGUCUAAAGAGGGAAUUCAGAAUGAAGCACAGGAAAAGAAUCUGUCUCCUAUGUUGGAAACAAUGUCUCCAGUUAUUGCAGAAGGAAGUGUACACAGUUUACAUAAUUUUGUUAUCUCGUUAAAUACUGAUAACCCACGAGAAAGAACUGCUUGUUUUCCAUCAGAUACUGAUGUUACUGUAAAGAAAGUAGAUUCAGAUAUGUUCCAGAAGGCAACCAAAUCCACUGAAGAAACUGGAAUUCAGAAAGCUGAAACGGGGACAAAUGGCUCUUGUGAUCUGAGCCAGAGGAUAACCGAUGCUUUAGAACUGAAAAAAAUUACACCCCAUCUCUGUUCUAGAGACAGUUUCCCACCAGGAACUAACAAUGAUAUCACAAGUCCAGUUUCUCAAAAAGAUGCUCCUAAAACCAAUCCAGAUGUGGUAGAACCAGGUGAUACUGUGCUGAAUGAUAACAUAUUGCAGAUAUCUAGUGUGUGUACUUUAGUUCAAGGAGAUGCAUUUUAUAAUUCACAGAUAGCUCGUAUCUUUGAUAGUAGUCCUUCGAAAUCUACAACAGAAAGUAACACCUCUUCAGAGGACCAUAGGCCUCUGGAACAACAGCUGGGCCUCCAGAAAAGAGAAUCUGAAAGGAAUGGGAGCACACCUGUGGGAGAUACCUUGUUACCAUCACUAGGUACCCUAUCAAAAGCCAUUGCAGAAAAAUUGUUAAGCUUACCAGGUUUAAAGAUACAUCAAGGUGGUAAUGUUUCAGAUGAGAGGAAUGUAAAAGAUUCUGUGGAAGAAAAAAUCACUUACGUACCAAAAGGUAGUCCUAAUUCAGGAAAGGAGUCUGAGCAAAAUAAAUCUUGCAGUGCUGUUCACAAUACAGAUUUAUCCAGUGGUAACCAGGAGGUACCUGGAAAUAAAUGCUUACUCAGUUAUGUGGAUGAAGAUCACACACAUAGUAUCCAAGAGUAUGUAGCAAGUGAUGAGAAUCAAGCACAUUCUGUGAACGAUAUUGACAUCGCUUUAACAUCACCAAAUGAUCAAUUGACUGAACUCUUAAAAGAAUUUCCAUAUGGAAUUGAUAGUUCCAAGACAUUAAAGAAAACUGAAAAGGUGGAUUCUUCUACUAAACUAACUGAGACAAAACAUGGACAAGAGGCUCAGACUUGUGGACAGAACUUUGAAGCAAAUCAUGCACUGGAUCAAAUAAUAAUCACAGUGUUAAACUCUCAACAAAUGAAAGAAUUGUUUCCAGAGUACGAUGGAUCCUCUAUUAAACUGAAAAAGGAUCAGCUCCCGACAGCUUCAGAAGAUACAAAUGACUUAAAUACCUCAGCAGGAACAGUCCAAAAAUCAGCAAAUCAUUCAUAUUGUUGUUUAAGGGGUUGGUUGGUUUCAAAAUAUGCAGUGGACCCUUGUGCAUGUAUGACGGCUAAAGAGGCUGGUUUAAAGCAGCAGCUGGAUUCUUGUUUGCCAUCGAAAAUUAUAAUUAAAGAUGGAUUAGAAAAUAUUGAGAAUUCUGAUUGUAGAUUAAACAAUCAACAGCAGACUAUAUAUCCUGUUAGCCAUAACAAUCUUCCAUCAGAAGAUGAAAGUAACAAAAAAUUUAAUCAAAGCAUUGUACAUGGAGAAAAUGACCUUCAAAAAAAGCAGUGUAAGCUGAUGAAAGAAGAUAAAGAAGUAGCUCCACUUCCUUUUUUGGAGAAAUUAGAGUCUUGGAAAUAUAAAAAUAAAGAGAAAAGGAUAGAAGAAUUGCCAGAAAAAAAUCAGAUUGAUGAGAUGUGCAACCAAAAAUGUACAGCAGUGGUUUCUAAAGGCCAAGAACUGUCACGUUCAAGAAAAGAAGACUCAAAAGGGGCAUCUAUAAGACCUCUCUGUAAAAGACAAUCAUCUGAUAAAGAGAGAACACGAAGAGUGAUGGUGGUUGUUAAAUCAAAGUCAGAUGCUCUCCGGCAUGGAAGCAUGGAAACCACACAAAGUAAAAAAAAUGAAGGAUAUAAAAUUAAACAGGAUUCUAGUGAAACACACAUAAUUAAGGGACCAACUUACAUCUUAAAUAAGAGACAAACAGCAGGUGAAAGAAAACAUAAAACUUUGGAAAGACCAAGUAAUGCUGUCACAAACUCUUCAAAUAACCAAGCUGUGAGAACAGAACAUAAUGAAUCCGGUAGUUCUGAGCCUGUCCAUCAGAAUAAAGGAAGCUUUGCAAGAACAAAUCUAGAGAAAUUUGCUUAUCCAGAAGAGAGAGGAAAUGCAUGGAAAUACAGCAGAUCAGUUUCAGAUAAUAGCAAAACUUCUAAAGUGCAAACACCUAGGGGGCAGUUUCUCAAAAUGUACAAAACUCAUUCUUCUGGCAAAGAGACAGUAUGGGGUACUCAUAAGAGAAACAAAUGCUGUGAAAAGACUUUUUCUGAUAAAAAACCACCUUGCAAUAGAAAAGAUAAUAUACUUACACUUCAGAGGGAGCAAAAGAAAAAUUAUUUGAACAAAGUUGCCUUCAAGCAGACUGAACAAAGUAUUUGCCUAACAAAUCUAGAACAAUCUCCUUCAAAAUCAGUCUGGCAUGUGAAAAGGAGCAGUACUGCAGAAACCCCCAAAGACCAAACAAAACGUACUCUUUCUUCCCCGCAACUUGAAGUGGUGAAACCCAUGCUUGAGUUCAAGAUGUGCCCAGAGCCAGUGUUUAGAAAUUUGGUCUCUGAAGAAGUUUCCGAUACAAAGAAGCUUCCUGAAAAAGAGACAGCUCCUAUUGCUGCUGUCAAAAGUAAAAGAGAAGAUUGGUUGAAGUACACUCCUUUGAAGAGAAGAAAAAUUGAUGACAAGGAAACUCAAGUUGACGAUUGUAUUCCACUUGAUACUGCACUUCAGAUGCUGGAAAAAAAUGAAGUUUUGCCAGUGCCAGCGAAGGACUCCAAUGCCACAUUUCAGACGUACAGGAAGAUGCAUCUUGAAAAAAGAAGCCGAAGCCUAGAUAGCAGUCCUCUAAACUAGGUAGCCAAAUUUUGAGCAGUAUCAUGGAAACAUUUGUUGUGAUCUGCUUUGCCUUACUGGACUGUGUGAUGGCUUUGGCCAGACAAUAAACUUUGACUGAUAUAGGCACAGUGGAAAUAAUUAAUUGUACACUGUGUGUGCGUAUGGUCCUCUUUAGUUCAGGGAACAGUCACAAUUUUGUUCCUCUGCCUGAUUAAAUAACGGAGUGAUACAAUUUCAACCGGUAAUCUUACUAAUCCUCUUUAUUUCCAUCUCUGUAACUUAACGUUGGUAAACCACCAGUAUAAAAAAACCAGAACGUCUUUUAUCUGGGCAUUUAAAUGGAUAUAGUGGUUUAACUUUGAGAAGAUAUUAGAAACAUGCAACAAAGAGAAGUAAGCAUUACCAUAUUUAUCAGGCAGUCCUGUAAAUUAACGAUAUCGCUAUCUGGUUUAGCUGAAAUAUUAGACAUGUCAAAAUUACCUUUUGUUUCCGUUAAUGAGGUUUAUGAAAUAGGAAUCUGUUCUGUGUUUCAAAGAAGCAAAGACAUAUGUUAGAUACGGGUUGAAAUGUUAACCAAUUUGGCAACGAGAUUGCAUUUUGACUCCAGAUUCACUAGGUUCAAGAUCUCAUUUGGAUUCUUCAGCUGUAAAUGAACAAACCAUACUGUAAGCUAUAUUAGCUAAUGUUUCCAACCUCAUGGUGUACAAACUGUUGUAAUGUUAAACUAUUCCUUUGUGCCUUUUAAAAUGUAUUGAGAAUAUUUGAAACGUCUGUUACACUCAGUGAUAUUUUAAUGGGUUUCGUAUUAAAAUCACAUUUUGACAUGUU